AUGCUCGUCAAGGAACGGGGUGAAAGGCGAGGGCACAAUCAAAACAAGACAGAUUUCCGUCCCGACUAUGCCAAAGUAGGUGACUGGAUCUUCGUUGCAGGUCAAUCCCAGCCUUUCAAAAUCAAAACAAUGGGGGGUGAGCUUGAGUGGCAGGCUGAGCAGCUCGUGGCAACCACCAUGGCUAGGAACACAGAUCCCAUCAUUGUGGUUCCUUCUCAUCCACGUGUAGUGUUCAAGGUCAGGUUCGAGUACGACGACUAUGUGACGAUACCGUCGUUGGUACCGUCAUCGAUACGGGACGGCUUUAACAGCACCAAGGUGAAGGAACUGCAUUAUCUAUAUCAGGUCAAGGAAGUCGAGUGCUGGGAUCGAGACCGCUUCUGUGUCAAGCGCCACGAGGUUGGGUUGCCGAAUUUCCAGGAGGCAUGGAAGUAUUACGGUGAGAGGGAAGGAGAAGAGCCCUGGUGUGUCGGUAUGUGCCGGGUAGAGCGACUGAGUGAUGGUAAGACAGCAUGGGUCCAUGAGUGCAGGCUGGUACUCGCGAACGUCGAAGGGUAUUUCAAUUCUGAUUUUAGGAGAUGGGAGCCGGCCGUGCCGGACCAUGAGAUCGAGGACGCUGGAUUCGGCGACGAAUUCGGGAGGGACCUGUGGAAGUCUGCACCUAUGCAAUGGGCGCUAGUGCACACCGAUGACUGGAAUGAAGGUUUUACAGCGUAUGAAGACGAGGGUGAGAUUGAAGACGAGUUUGCCGGUGAUGGUGGCGGUGGUGAUGACGGUGAUGGCCAUAACGAUGUUAAUGAUGGUGACGACGACGAUGAAGAUGAUGGCGAUGGCGAUGAAGGUGACGAAGACGAAGAAGUCGAUGGCGAUGGCGAUGGCGGUGACGGUGACGGUGACGACGAUGAAGGCGAUGGCAUGGACGAAGAUGACAGCGACGAGGACGAUAGCAGUGGCAACUACUACCACGCAGCUGGAUCAAUCACCAUCACCAGCGAGCAAGACGCAGAUAGCAACAGCAGCAGCAGCAUUGAGAGAGGCUCCAACGGAAGCACUACGCGUUCCAAUUCAACUGCUGAAAUGGGAUCCGUGGGCACAGAUACAAGCUCGCGUACUAUCAUGGGUGACGAUUCCCGUGCAGGCAGUACCAACACAGUGAACACAUUCACAUUGGCCUUGCGCGGCGCGGCUUCUUUCAAGAAGAGAAAAAGUGCAGAUGAUCAUCAUGGUGGUGGUGGUGAUAGCGACGACGACGAUGACGGUAACGGUAACAUCGUGAAGAACAAACGCCUCAGGAAGUAA